UGAUACUCAGACUAGUUGAGAUCCCGGCCCCAGGCCCGCCCUCUACCGUGGGACUGCCGCUUCGCACUGGACGCCAAGCUGACUUGGGAGCCGCCCACUGCCCCCUCGCCCAGCGGUGGUCGCGGGCGUUCUUAGCCCAGCCGUUGUCUCCCAUGUCUGCCCCCACCCUUCAGAACUAGGUUUCUUUAAUAAAUUUCCCUUCCUGUUUAGUCAAGCCUCAGGCAGCAGCAAGUCGAUGUGGCCAGACUGUAGAUUUCGAAAUGAACCUGUGUCCUUGAGACCCUAGGAGACCGACUCUGCCCCUCACCUUGCCCCAAGGCACUGUGGGCUUGGCCUACAGUCUAGCCUGCCUUCCUACCCUGGCCACCCUUGUAACCUUUCGGGAGCAUCCUUAGGGAAUGAUGGCACCUGCCUGCAUCUUGCCUUCCGUGGGUGGGAAGGGACCAGGAGGUGGCCUUAAGGCUAAGUAUGACCCGCCCAUCCGCGGCACCAAUCCCAGGGCAGCACAGAUGGGGGCUGAGUCAUGAGUCUGUAUAGCCUCCCCAUAACUGUGCUUGAAGUGGAGGGCUGCAGGACAGCUUUUGAGGACCAGCAGGAUUGUCCUGGGUUCCUGUUGGCCAGGGUUGGGGGGCUAAAUCCGGAAGAGAGAGGGAGCCAUGGAUUUGCUUCGGGAGCUGAAGGCCAUGCCUGUUACAUUACACCUGCUCCAGUCCACCCGUGUUGGGAUGUCUGUCAAUGCCCUGCGGAAGCAGAGCUCAGAUGAAGAGCUCAUUGCACUGGCCAAAUCCCUCAUCAAGUCCUGGAAGAAGCUCUUGGAUGUUUCUGAUGGCAAGACCAGGGAUCAAGGGAGGGGCACACCUCUGCCCACAUCAUCCUCAAAGGAUACCUCAGGGACUACGGAUCUCAGGCUUUGUCUCUCUAGCUGCAAGAAGCCAGACCCACCUAGGACCUUAUCCACUCCGAGGAUCACCACAUUUCCCUCAGUUCCCAUCACCUGUGAUGCUGUACGAAACAAAUGCCGUGAAAUGCUGACUUUGGCCCUGCAAACGGACCACGACCACAAGGCUGUUGGUGUAGACUGCGAGCAUCUGUCAGCUCAGAUCGAGGAGUGCAUCUUCCUGGAUGUGGGAAACACAGAUAUGAAGUACAAGAACCGCGUGCGGAGCCGGAUCUCCAACCUGAAAGAUGCCAAGAACCCUGGCCUGCGGCGAAACGUGCUGUGUGGUGCCAUUACACCCCAGCAGAUAGCUGUGAUGACAUCAGAGGAGAUGGCCAGUGAUGAGCUGAAGGAGAUCCGCAAGGCCAUGACCAAGGAGGCCAUCCGUGAGCAUCAGAUGGCCCGCACAGGUGGCACACAGACUGACCUGUUCACCUGCAGCAAGUGCAAGAAGAAGAACUGCACCUACACGCAGGUGCAGACCCGCAGCUCCGAUGAGCCCAUGACCACUUAUGUUGUCUGCAACGAGUGUGGGAACCGCUGGAAGGUAGGUGGGUGGGCCCAGAAUGCUCACCUCCAGUCCUGUCUCAGCACAUAUUGGACCUUAAGUAGGAACCAGGGCCCACUGUACCCAGCUAGCCUCCUGGGAGUCUCUGGGAUGGAGCCCCAUGCCUGUCCCAUUUCUGCCCUAGGGGUCAUGUGGGGCCUUGGUCAGAUAUUCUCUGCCUUCCUGCAGUUCUGCUGAUCCCUUGUACUGAUGUGUUGUCCUGGCCAUGGCUAGCAUUGCCCCCUCCUGCAAUGUUCUUGGUGGACACAGCUUCUCUGGAGAUCCCCAGAAGGUGGCAUGCUCUGUCCCAGUCUGCCUGCCUGCCAUGCACCUUUUUGCCCUUUGUCUCUCAUUAAAUGUUUUCUUUUGCCUUUCUCUGGCUCUGCUCCUGGUGAGCUAUA